AUGAGUGACGAUACAUCGGACGAAAGUAUAGAGCCACCAAAGGUUCCAGAGUCUCGGCCAUAUCACUACGAAACUAAAGAAGGCUAUGGUUAUAAUCCAGCUGAUAGAAAUUACAAACCUGAUGGCAAAAAGAGCAAUAUGUACUCAGACGGGGUUGGCAUGCAGUACGCACCCAAGGGGUCACCAGAACCAGGAGCUGACGAACAAACUUCACGUCAACACACCAAGCGCAGCGCAAGACGCUACAACAUCUUCGGAGCAACAGAACACGGCUUCAACAAACCAGGUAUGGAAGACUUGAAGCAGCAAUACAUGAUGGCGAAAACAGCAAAACAACCAAACACGUACAGGGAAGAGUACCGGGGACGUCCAAGAGCCAUGUCCAGUGUACCCGACCUUUGCAUUGACAAGGGCUCCGUGACCUUGACGGAUAUUGUUACCGCGUCAUAUCGUAUACGUGAUGGGACCAUUAAAACUCCUUGCGAGAAAGCAGUGUCGUUUCCUGGAAUACAAGACUACGACGUGUACUUCAAGCGAGAAUAUUUACAAGUAUUUGGAAGCUACAAGGCACGUGGCGCUCUGAAUGCUUUGUUAACGUUAUCAGAGGAACAACUAAGACGUGGCGUCAUGACAACAUCAACAGGCAGCCACGCCCUGGCUGUCGCUGGACACGGCAAGGAGCUCGGUGUUCCAGUCACUAUUCUGGUGCCAGAAAAUGUACCACCAAGAAAGGUGAAAAUAUGUGAUCGGUAUGGAGCCAAGACUAGAUUUGCUGGCCAGAACGACAGAGAGGUGCAGGAAACUGCGAGGAAAAUCGAAACUGAGGCAGAAGGCUUAACAUUCAUUGACGAGAACGAGAGUUCGUAUGUAAUCAGCGGCCAUGGUACCGUGGGACUCGAGAUCAUUGAUCAAGUUGAUGAUAUUGAUGCCAUUAUCAUACCCGUGGGGGGAGGGGGUCUGUUGGCUGGUAUUUGUGUGGUAUUCAAAGCUCUCAACCCAGAUAUUAAAAUCAUAGUCGUAGAGAGUAAUGACUGUCCUAGUUUCCAGGCUGCUCUUGAUGCUGGAGAACCUGUAACACUCAAGACAGAACUGGCUGUAACACUAGCUGAUGGUCUUAGCGACAGCAAGGUUGGCGAUCUGCCUUUCAAACUUGUAAAAGACUGUGUGGAUAAAGUUGUCGCAGUAAAGGAACAACAUAUUGCUCAAGCCGUGCUGAGGUUACUGGAGAAAGAGAGAGUCAUUGUUGAAGGUUCCGGUGCGGCAGGCCUAGCUGCUAUUAUUGGAGGCUAUCUCCCUGAAUUAAAAGGAAAACGAGUGGUCAUUCCAUUAUGUGGCGGCAACAUUGAUCCCACAGUUCUCGGCCGAGCGAUUGAACGCGGGCUUACAGCUGAUGAGCGAAUGGUAAGGUUUCAUAUAAGGAUCAACGAUCGACCAGGUGCUUUAGCACGCUUGACGUCACUGUUAUCUUCAACUGGUGUCAGUAUCAAGGAUCUGUACCAAGAAAGAACAUGGCUUAAUAGCUCAAUGUUUACUGUUCAGGUCAAGUGCGUGGCCGAACUACGCAAUGCAGAACACGUUAAACAACUGAAGAAAGUUUUACAUAAGAACUACAAGGAUGACCUAAUAUGGAACAUUAAAUCAGACGAGUGAUCUAUUUAUGACUAUUACGUCAUAAUACUACGUCCAAUGAUACUAUCAAUACCUUUAUGAAUGAACAGAAUUGUCCUGGAUCUUGUAAAGUUAAUAAAUCUAAAUGGUCCAA